AUGUCAACGAUGAGCAACAUACCCCAGCUUGAACUCCAGGAAGGCCACACAUCAGGACCCUACGUCUCGCCGGACGGCGAGAAAGGAUCGACAAUUCCAGAUUCAAUACAAGGACCUGUGAGAACUGUGACCGGACUCAAAUGGGUCAUCAUUUGCGCCGGCUUCUACUUCUCUGGCUUUCUUUACGGACUAGAUAACACCAUAGCAGCAGAUAUCCAGUCUGCUGUAAUCGAAUCCUUUGGUGAUAUCUCAAAACUUGCCUGGCUUGGCAGUGGAUUUCCACUAGGGUCUAUCGCUACCAUCUUGACACUUGGCAAAGCAUAUGGUAUCUUCAACGUCAAAUGGCUUCACAUUAGCAGCGUCACGGUGUUUGCCAUCGGGAGCGCCAUUUGCGGUGCAGCUCCAACUAUGGAUGCCCUCAUCGUCGGCAGAGUGAUUGCUGGAAUUGGAGGCGGAGGAUUGUACCUUGGAAAUCUCAACCUCAUUACCCUCAACACCUCACUUAAGGAACGGUCUGUCUAUAUGGGUGGUGUCGGCAUCGUGUGGGGAGCGGGGACCAUUCUCGGGCCUGUGGUCGGCGGAUCAUUUGCAGACAGCGGAGCAACUUGGAGGUGGAGUUUCUACAUUAACCUCGUCAUUUUCGCUCUCAUGAUCCCAGCCAUGAUCCUCAUCCCUAGCUACCAGCCACAACCAGGAGUCCCAACCUUCACCAAGUUCAAGCAGCUCGACUGGAUCGGAGCCCUCCUUAACGCAGGACUCUACGUCUCAUUCAUUCUUGCACUAACGUUCGGCGGUACAACCUGGGCAUGGGGAGGCGGCCGCACAAUCGGGACCUUCGUUGCCUGCUUCAUCAUCCUCAUCCUCUUCUCCCUUCAACAAUACUUCUCCAUCCUCACCACGCCUACCAAUCGACUCUUCCCCCUCGACUUCCUCAAAUCCCGCACCAUGAUCCUCCUCUAUAUCGCAUCCGCAGCUGCAGGAGCUGCCCUGUUCGUCCCCGUCUACUUUAUCCCGCUGUAUUUUCAAUUCUCGCGCGGUGAUUCAGGCCUCCAAGCCGCCGUCCGUCUUCUCCCAUUCAUCUGCGUGGACAUCACGUUCAUCAUGGGCCAAGGGAUUCUCAUGCCUCUGGUACAAUAUUACUUUCCCUUUUAUGUCGUCUCCGGGGUCUUCGCGGUUAUUGGAGGAGCGCUGAUGUACACCGUCACCUCCGCGACUUCAACCUCCGCCAUCUACGGCUUCACGGUCUUGAUCGCAAUUGGUGCUGGAAUCGGAAGUCAGGCAGCAUACAGCAUAACACCUGUCAAAGUCCAUUCAAGCAAAAUCUCAGACUCCAUUGGGUUUAUCAACGUCGCUCAGAUUGGAGGUAUCGUUCUGGCAUUGUCGAUUUCGGGUGCGGUGUUCCAGAACACAGCAUUCGGGUCUUUGACGAAGAUUUUGGCGGGAAUGGGGUUUAGUGAGCAGGAUGUCAGGAGUGCGAUUGCGGGGUCACAGAGUGCGGUCUUUGAGAGUGUUAGUGAAGAGGUGAGGGGGAGCGUUACUGAGGCUAUUGUGCAGGCGAUUGGCAAGACAUAUAUGCUUGUAGUUGUUGCUGGAGCGGUCGCACUCGUGAGUGCCGUGUUGAUGAAAAGGGAGAGACUAGUCAUGGAGAUGAAUACUGGGGGUGCAUGAUUGC